AUGUUUUUCAGGGAAAACUGGGAAUCUGAAGUAUUGUUAAUUGUUUGCUCUAACUAUUUAUCAACAUUAAAACAAAAUUUAAAGGAUUAUUCCCAAAAUCAUUCUCCUCUCCCUCCGCCAAUAGAAGACAAAAAACCAGCGCUUCCAUCAGAAUGGAGUUUCAGCGAUACCGAUCAGAUUAUCACUGACGAAAUUGAUAGCACAUUAAUAGAAUCACCGAAAAUAGAUAAUAAUAAAAUAAAAAAUUUACUUAUUGAAUCAAGACCUCCAUUAGACCAUGAAGCUUUUAACCUAGAUACACAUAAAAAACCAAUAAAUACUAAGAUGAAGAAGCAUGUAGAUGAAAUGGUAAAAAAUGGAACACCUUAUUUAGCAAUGCAUUUAUGUACAGUAUAUAAAUUAGAACUGUCUAAGAAUUUGGCGUUAAGCGAUGCAACAAAAUCAAGGUUCCCGUUUAUGGAAAAAAUGGAUGAAAUAUUUUCUGAUGGGAUUGCAUAUGAUGAAAAAGUUAAGUCACCUGUGAAGGAACAAAAUAAAGAAAACCCGAUUAACAUAAAAAAUUUGAUGGAAAUUAUAAAUAAAUUGGAACUAGACGAAGAUGGUGAUAUUGAAAGAAUUAUAAACGAAUUUAUUUAA